AUGGGCGAGCACGACGACGACGAGAUCGAAGACGUCGCGCCCGCGCAGACCGGCGCCGCCGCGGAGGCGUCGAAAGGACUCGAUCGUCUCGGCGGGCGCGACGACGACGGCGACGACGCCGCGGCCGCGGACGUCGUCACGCCCGGCGCGCGCGCGGAGGCGCUGCGCGCGCUCCUGGAGGAGGGCAAGGCGGAGAAAGAGGCGGAGGCGGCGCGACUGCGCGAGCUCGCCAAGGUGAAGAUCGACGCCGCGGACGUCGCGGUGAUCGUGAGCGAGAUGGAGGUGGAGAAGAAGGCAGCGGAGUUGAGGUUACGCGAGCACGGCGGCGACCUCGCCGCGGCGUUGCGAUCCUACGUCGCGGUGUAG